AUGCCCCCCAAACACCCCAAUCACCGGGUAAACCCCGCAGAUCGACUCGCGCUGGCGAUAAUCGGACUCAAGACGGGCAAAUACACCACCCCCCGCGAAGCAGCCCGCCAAAAUGGGGUCUCAGAAACCACUCUCCGCGCGCGCGUCAAUUCCAUACCUACAUGCGCCCUUCUACGCGUAAAGAAAUCCACAAACAAGCGGGCCAAGAUUCUCCGCCUAACCAGAACAGAGGAAAACACCCUCUACAACUGGAUAAUCCAAGUCCACGAAGGCGGGCGUGACAUGGACGCCUCCUCCAUCAAGGACAUGGCUAAUACGCUUCUCUCCAAGCGCGACGGAACACACGGCUAUCGCGUGUCAAAGGACUGGGUAUCGGGAUACCUCCAAUUCCACCCAGACAUCUCUGCUAUUGUGGAGCAUCACAAGCAACGCCUUGAACGGCUCAAUUUACGUCCGAUAAAUUCGUUCGCGAGAAGUCGGGAUCCUAGGAAGACAUGUGUGAAUUUCUUGCAUAAUACGAAGAUGCACGCUAUGGAGCAGAAUCGUCUGGAAGGGGAGUUUUUGGAGAAGUGUGAGGAGAUGGCUAAGGUUGAUCCGGGUGCGGUGCGGAAGUUGUUUUUGGAUGAGGGAGGAUUGAGGGAUGUGCUGGAUGUGUCGGUGAAGGUGGGGGGCUGA